AUGAAUGAUGAGAAAUUAAGAUUAAGUCUUCAGUCAAACGAAGAGUUAAGACUGAGACAGGAUGACCAACAGAUAGAGCCUUAUAUGAGAAUCAAUAAUCAUAAAAACAAUAACUUAAUAAGCUCUGAGCAAAUGAAAUUUGGAUAGAGUAGAGUGCCAAAUAUUGACAUCACAUAAAUCUCCACUAAAUAAAACUAUCCUAAAAACGAUUCAAAUAGUCUAUUAAUGCCAGCACCAAACAUGUAACCAAGAGUGUAUGCUACAAACAGAGACGCUCAAUAUAAUUCAAAAACUUUUGAUAUGGGCCUUUUAUAGCAUUAAAAAGAAGAGGGAAAUUCAAUCUAAGAUGACAAAUUUGUUGAAAAUUUAAACAAGAAGCAGAUUCAUUAGCUGGAUUCAAAUUCAUAAUUAGACGAUUCUCAUGCUAUCAGCUAAUAUUAAGCAUCCCUUUUCUAGGACUAAGGCUAGACAGAAAUGGGCUACAAUUUAAAGUCAGGCCCAGGCAGAAAACCAAUUCUAAUGAAUGAAAGUGCAAUGAAAAGACCAGCUUAUAAGUUAAUGAUUGGAAAUGUCCGAGACAUUAAUAAUGAUUUAAUUUAGUAAAAUCGGGAUCAGAACACAAGCGUGAAUUAAAAUAACUGCUUUAACAGUAGUUAGGAGAGCUAGCAACGAUCAUAUAUGAAAGAUUCUGUAAGAUAAGACAGAGGAAAUCCAUCAAUUAAUGUUCUCAAAAGUCCUUAGGAAAAGCCAUUUUACCCUGUAGUUACAGAAAUGAGGAAAUUAAUCCAUAUUUUGAGGAAGAAUUCUAGUUUCUAAAAUCUUAGUGAAUCACUCUCAAAUUUGGUUGAAAACUAUCAUCACUCAUAAAAUUCUUUUAUACAAGAGCUCUUUAAGUAGUUAUUGAAUCAGGUACACGGCAAUGAUCUCUAAGCAACUACAUAGAUACUUAUUAUUCUUUCCCUUAUCAAAGUUGAUAAUGUAUAAAAGCCUUCAGACAAUUUAAUACCAAGGCUAGAUAUUUCGUAAAGUACUCCUUUGAGCCCAUAAGAUAGAAGUAGGCUAUCAGAUUAAUAAAGAAUUGAAAAGAUUAUAAACGAGACAAUAAGUGUCAAUCCAAAAAAGACUUUUGAUUCAAUUGAUGAUAAUGAUGUGGAUAUUGAUAACUCUCCUAAGUCCCUGCUUUCAGUAAGGACUCUGGGCCAAUCAAAUAUGGUAAAAAAGUCACUCUCUCAUUUAAAGCAAGAUGAUGAAAACUAAAACGAUUUUAUGCAUAAAAUGAAGUAAAAUGAGAGAAAAAAAUAGCUCAAUACUCCAAUUGCAGCACAGUCAAACUAAUUUAGCUUUAAAGAUGGAGAGACCAAUAAAAUGAGCAACAUUGGCAAAGGUUAAGAUCAAAAUAGCCUUAGUGAAAGCAAAGGCAGUAAAAAUUCAGACCAGAUCUAAAAUUUUAACACCUAGAGUAUUGUAGUAAAAUCAUAGAAAGUUCAUCUUCAAGCAAAUUAAAAGCCUCCAAUACCUCCCAAUGAUACAUAGAAAAAAGAUCCAAAUUCCCUAAAAUCGCAACUAAAUGACGCAAGGAAAUAAAUAGAAAAUAAAAUAAAUUUAGCCGACUAAAAGAUUGAACAGCAGAUCAAAUAAAGGAAAAUGGAAUAAGGCAAGGACUUAGUAAGAUUUUUCAAAACUCUGGGCGAAGAAAUUAAAAACAGCAGUCAAUUUAAGCAUUAGCCAAAUAUCCAAAGCAUCUAAUUAGCACCUUUAUAUGAGAAAUGUGUUUAGCAGAAGCUGGUGAAGGAACAGUUUAAGGAUUUCAUUAUCUCAGAAUUUAGAAAGUAGACUAUCAUGAUGGAGGAAAGAUAAAGAUUAACUAGCAAUGAGCCAUCAAGCAGAGAUUCAUCAGUCAAAAAAAGAAAGCAUAAUUUGUUUAGCAGCAGUAGUUAGAGCAACAUCAAUUAAGACAAAUCUCAUGCCACUGAGAUAAGUUAAUAGCUAAGUCAUGCUAAUUCCCAAUCCAGUUUAAAUCAACCUGAUAAGAAAAUCUAUCCUAAUAAAUUUGCCACUAAUCCAAAGCGACCUGUUCCCAUUGAGGUGAUCAAUGAAAAAGAUGAAAAGGACUAUCUUUCUGAUGAUUUGGAGUAAAAAUCUCACAGCAAGCAAGACAAAAGAAUGUACUUUUCUCUUUUUAAAGUAGACUAAGCUGACAUGAAAACUAAUACCUAAAAGGUUUCGCCUAAUAAGGUUCCUCCUUUGGACUUGACAAAGCUAAAUAAAAAGAAAAAAUGA